AUGUCCGCUGCGUUCGAGCGUCAGAUUCGCCCGGUCUAUGAGGCUCUCGACACGGGCUCGAACAAGUCGGCCGUUCUAGCAUGCAACAAGUUGCUCAAGAAGCAUCCCAAGAAUGAGCUAGUCAAGGCACUGAAAGCCCUUGCGCUAAUUCGCUCGCAGAAGGUAGAAGAGUCCCUGGUGCUAUGCGACGAGGUGCUUGCCUCCAGACCAACGGACGAAUCUACCCUCUCGGCUAUGAUGCAUGUACUUCGGGGUCUUGGCCGGCACACGGACAUGGUCACGAUGUACGAGGACGCGUUCAAGCACCAGCCAGGAAAUGAGGAGCUUGGGUCGCAGACCUUCAUGGCAAAUGUCAGGAUCGGCAAUUGGAAAGCGGCGCAGCAGAUUGCGACAAAGAUGCACAAGCAAUUCCACGACGACCAUUACUUGUACUGGAGUGUGAUGAGUGCAGUGCUUCAGGCCAAUGACCCAACCACACCGCCGAAUAUGCGGCCUAUCCUGUACAAGCUCGCGCAUCGACUCGUCACGUCGUCCGGCACCCCUUCCUACUUCAGCGCCGACCGGUUCUACCUGCACCUUACGAUUCUGCGCGAGCUACAGCUGUAUGACGAAGCCUUCGAGCUCCUAGAACACGAGGUUGGCAAAGCUAUAUGCGCAGCAAGUCUCGCUUGUGACGAGCUCAGGCGCGAGAUUUGGAAGGCGAAGGGCUUGUGCAAGGAAGAGGGAGCCCGGGCGCGCGAGCGGAUCACGGCAGAGAAAGACCGGAAUUGGCUCGAAUUCCUGUCCGUUGUGGACGCUGCGUUCCACGAUCUCGGCUCAUCCCCUACGUCUGCAUCUGAUGAAGUGAAAACAACGUGCGCAGAGUCGAUCGCAGCAGCACGGGAACUCUUCAACCAAGUGGCUGAAGAGGACGGUACAAGGGACAGGACAGGUCGUUUGGCCCUCCUUGAACUCGAGAAACGAGCCUGGGCAAGUGGUCUUUCAGAUGACCCUGCUGAGAUGCGCCGGCUACUCGAGAGCUACUUCAACAGAUUCGGCGACAAGGCGGUCUGCUUUGAAGAUCUGAGACCAUAUAUCUCGCUCGAAGGCGAUGUGUUGACGGCGUGGACAUCCUUCCUCAAGGCAGUUCCCUCGACGCCUGAAACUAGAGAUGAUCUCUCCAGGUACAUGAACGCUCAAAAGCUGCUGCGCUACAAUCUCUCGACAUCUGAAGUCACUUCGGAAGCUGAAGCUGCCUGCGCACUGCAGUAUUUCUCCAGCUAUCUGGAUGCGCUCAAGUUCGGCAAGGAGCUCCCGGACACUGAAUUGCAGCCAGCCGAUGAUCUCGCUCUUCUAAGCGGUCAGGCGUUCGUCGGUGCUUGGAAGGCCGGCGGUGAAGCGGUGCAUCUCUACCAAGCCGCCGCUGUGUUGGAAUAUGCAUCGUCUAGGAGCAAGCAGUCGUACCUCAUCCGGCUAUUACUCAUCCGUGUAUAUCGCUUGCUAGGCGCGUCAUCAUUGGCUUUGGAGCACUACCGGGCGAUGAGCGUGAAGCAAGUGCAGACCGACACGUUGUCCCACCUGAUCCUGACCCGAGCAUCGACGUUCUCCUUAUCAUCGAUCGGCGACUUGACGUACUCAUCCGAGUGUUUGGAGUCGAGUCAAAUCUACCUCACGAACUCGCAAGAGACGGCAGAGUUUACCGUCCGUGCAUUUGGCUCUGAGAAGUACACACAAGUCCCAGAGUUCAUCUCCUUCGAAGAGCGGUUGGACAACUCAUUGCAGCGCGAUCUCACCAAGAUCGAACAUGUGCGCAUGAGGAUCUCACACGAGCCUGUCAGCUCAGAUCUUGUCGACAUGGAGCUCAUUGAGCUGAAAUUCAUCUUCGACCGGUUUCACCAUGACAAUCGCGAUUUCGAUGUUAUCCCGAACUACCAGCCUCGUUGUGGGCCAACGUUCAACGAACAGACGACUUUGUUCGACAAGUCGCCGGGGUCAGGGUGGCUCUCGAUCUUCUUGAAGAUCUACAUCAAGAUUUUCCAAUGCGCAAGUGACCUCGAUGACACGGUUGAGGAUAAGCUCCUCAUUGGUGACCGACCAAAACCAAGCCUCGAUCCGGAGAACAAGGCCCCCCUGAAAGAGCGGCUCGCCAAGCGAAAACAGGAGGAGUUCGACGAGCUGACUGCCGACGAGCUCGCGUUCUUUGACUAUGCCAUGGCAUUAUCAGACUGGCUUGCGCCCUACCACGACUACAUUCGACCACCGCCAUCCGCUGUCCUCGCCGAGGCGGCGAAGCAGACAGAGCUCAAGACCGGCUUCCCUUUGAAAGGCGUCGAGCUCCCGAAGAAUGGCAGUGCAACGAAUGGGCACGCGAAGAAAGAUAAAGACGAGGAACCUCCUGCGGUGUCCGCACCCCCUGACAGCCUCUCGAAAUACUUCGACGAUAUGAGCUUACGAUUCAAAGAGGCUUUAGAGAGCGAUCGCUUGCCAUCGGAGCUCCUGCAUCUUGUAACUCUCACACAAGAGGCAUUGAUUCUGCUAUCCAUCGAAACUUGGAGGUUCAAGCCCAACUCUGUGAUUAAGCAGCACAAACUUGGAGCUAUGGUGCAAAGCUUCAAGGAGCUACGCACAAAAGCCAGCGCAGUUCUCAAUGACAUGUCUGCAUCCCUGGUCAAGCUUGGCGAAGAGGGUGCAACAAUAGACUCGCGGAAGGCCUUCGUUGAAGCCUGCAAGCCUGUCUGGGCCGAGUCAGGGCUGGACCACGACUUCGUGUCAACCAUUUCGAAGAAGGUUACUGAGUCCCGAAAACAGGUCCUGGAGGGUGUUGGGAAGGGUAUCCUCCGUGUCCUCAAAAAUCAUGCAUGAUAGUAGACGUUCUACUCUUUGUUCCGUAUAGAGGGACUCUGCAUUGCCCCACCUUCACCACUCAGUGCACUCAUUUCGCGUUCGAGCUGUCUGUAAUACAAGCAUACUACUAGUUUAUGGACCCGUGGCGUUGCGGGCAUGUCUAAA